GUCUCCCGCAGCGAGCGCCAUGAGCGGCUGCCGCGUCUUCAUCGGGAGGCUCAACCCGGCCGCCAGGGAGAAGGACGUGGAGAGGUUCUUCAAGGGCUACGGCCGCAUCCGCGACAUCGACCUCAAGAGGGGCUUCGGCUUCGUGGAAUUUGAAGAUCCAAGGGAUGCAGACGAUGCUGUCUAUGAACUCGAUGGAAAAGAGCUUUGCAGUGAGAGGGUUACAAUUGAGCAUGCAAGGGCACGCUCUAGGGGUAGAGGCAGAGGGAGGUACUCUGACCGUUAUAGUAGCCGGCGACCACGUAGUGACAGGAGAAGUGCUCCACCUCUAAGAACAGAAAAUCGCCUCAUAGUGGAAAAUUUGUCUUCCAGAGUCAGCUGGCAGGAUCUCAAAGACUUCAUGAGACAAGCUGGGGAAGUAACCUUUGCAGAUGCACACAGGCCUAAGUUAAAUGAAGGGGUGGUUGAAUUCGCCUCUUACAGUGAUUUAAAGAAUGCUAUUGAAAAGCUUUCUGGUAAAGAAAUUAAUGGAAGGAAAAUCAAAUUAAUUGAAGGCAGCAGCAAAAGAUACAGUAGGUCCAGGAGCAGGUCACGAUCCCGUAGCAGAAGUUCCUCCAGGUCUCGUAGCCGCUCCCGUUCCCGAAGCCGCAAGUCUUACAGCAGGUCGAGGAGUAGGAGCCGUAGCAAGUCUCGAUCAGUUAGUAGAUCUCCAGUAAAGAGCCAUAAACGGGGCUCUUCCAGUAGAUCCAAAUCCCCAGCGUCUGUGGAUCGGCAGAGGUCUCGAUCGAGGUCCAGAUCUGUUGACAGUGGCAACUGAACUAUAAGUAACUUGCCCCGGGGGCCCUUUUUUAAACCAUACUUGCUAAAACUUGUGGUAAGUAUGUGACUUUCUGGGGGGAAGGGUUUGGACAGGGAGGGUGGGAGGGGGAACUUUGUAGAUGUGGACCAUGGGGAGGGAGGGUUACUGACUAAUUGUAUUAAAUGUUUUUUGAUAACCUCUUUCUUGCUCACAUUUUUGUGAAUGUCUGAAGUGUAUAGUUUGUGUAUAUUGGCAGAGCUCUUUAUAACUAAAGCAGACAUUUUUUUUUGUACUCAAACACAACAAGUUACUUAAACACUUAAUUCCCGGUAUAUUCAACUGUGAAUAGCAAUUCAGGUUAUUAGUUUAAUAUCUCAGAUUAAACUAAUAGCUGUAGGCAUCUAAGAGCUCUACGUGUGCUGUACAUAAAGCUUUAUUUCAGAGGGUAUUUUUUUGUGCUUUGGAAACCAUUGUUUCAGUAAUAGG